UCAUUUCAUUCGUUUGCCUCGCUUGCAGAAUAUUGUUUUGCACGCGUGGGUACCUUUUUACUUUAUUUCCGGGAGCAGCAGUGAAAAUACUUAGAUUUUUGUAAAGAUGACGGCAUCAGAGGUUUCUAUAAAUCGGAAGAUAAUAUCAGAAGAUUUGUCGAACGUAGAGUUCGAUACAAGUGAGGAUGUGGAAGUUAUCCCAACCUUCGAUUCAAUGGGAUUGCGGGACGAGUUACUGCGAGGAAUCUACACCUAUGGAUUUGAAAAGCCGUCUGCAAUCCAGCAAAGAAGUAUCUUGCCUAUCGUGAAGGGUAGAGAUGUGAUAGCACAAGCUCAAUCGGGUACUGGUAAAACUGCCACGUUCUCUAUUUCUAUACUUCAAUCGUUGGAUACGACUUUACGUGAGACGCAAGUGUUGGUGCUUUCACCAACCCGCGAGUUGGCUACGCAGAUCCAGAAAGUGAUCCUUGCGUUGGGCGACUUCAUGAACGUGCAGUGCCAUGCUUGCAUCGGCGGCACCAACCUUGGGGAAGACAUAAGGAAACUGGAUUAUGGACAACAUGUUGUUUCUGGCACACCUGGAAGAGUCUUUGAUAUGAUCAAGAGGCGUGUAUUGAGGACCAGAGCAAUCAAAAUGCUAGUUCUUGACGAAGCUGAUGAGAUGUUGAACAAAGGAUUUAAAGAACAAAUCUAUGACGUGUAUCGCUACUUACCGCCUGCAACCCAGGUUGUGCUCAUUUCUGCUACAUUGCCCCAUGAGAUUCUUGAAAUGACAUCAAAGUUCAUGACAGACCCCAUAAGGAUUUUGGUUAAACGUGAUGAAUUGACUCUUGAAGGAAUAAAGCAAUUCUUCGUAGCUGUGGAGAGAGAGGAAUGGAAAUUUGACACUCUUUGUGACUUGUAUGACACCCUUACCAUUACCCAGGCUGUUAUUUUCUGCAAUACAAAGAGGAAAGUGGACUGGCUCACACAAAAGAUGCAAGAAGCCAAUUUUACUGUAAGCUCUAUGCACGGUGAUAUGCCUCAGAAAGAAAGAGACAACAUUAUGAAAGAGUUUCGCUCUGGACAAAGCCGUGUUUUGAUUACAACAGACGUAUGGGCCAGAGGCAUUGAUGUUCAGCAAGUAUCCCUUGUAAUCAACUAUGACCUACCAAACAACCGUGAAUUGUACAUUCAUAGGAUUGGUCGUUCAGGACGAUUCGGACGUAAAGGUGUUGCAAUAAACUUUGUGAAGUCUGAUGACAUCAGAAUCUUAAGAGAUAUUGAACAGUACUAUUCAACUCAGAUAGAUGAAAUGCCCAUGAAUGUGGCAGAUUUAAUUUAAUAUGUUUAACCAACCAGACCUUGAAAAUUAUUCCUGGUUCUAUGCUGGAAAUGCACUGCGGUGAAUGGAUAACAUCUAACGUUUUUACAACUCAAAUAUUUUCAUUGCUAAUUAUGUGAUGACUAUGCAAAAUUCACUGUUGAUUUCUUUUACACUGGCACCUUGGUGAAAGAUGAGGAAUAAGCUUUGUAUUUUAUAAUAUUAGUAUAGUAUAAAACAAAAACAGCAACUUGCUGUAUUGUGUAACUAGAUUUAACUUGAUUUUAAUGUCGUAAUAUAAUAUUCACUUGUAA